CCGUGUCGCUGUCGACAAACAACACUGAAAACCAACCACGAACCCGAACCGAACCGAACGAACGACACGCGAGACGCGAGCCGUGGAUUUUUCUUUUUAACGAUGCCUCGAAUAAAGUUUAGUUUAAUUUAAUUAAUCGGUGUGAAUAUUCGGCGAGCCUGACGGCGUCCAGGUGGAUAAAGGAGGAUUGAACAUGUUUAAUAAAUAAAUAUGUGAUAAUUGUACAUAGGGGAUAACGUGAAAGUGAUGUGAUUUUGAAUAGCAGCGUCCAGUACGCGUAUAGUUUUGUAUUUUAGGUUAUAAAACCACCCAACGCUAACCGACGGCGUUAUUUCGUCGGGAUUUUUUUUCUCACGCAAUUGUGAUAACCAAGCUGUCGUGUUGUGCUCCUACUCGUCUCUAUUUUUUUCUUUUCUUUUUCUUUUACGUUUUUCUCGAUCGUCGACGUUUCUAACCAACUAUGAAUUAUACCGAUGAUAAUAAUACGCAGGGCUCUCUCCCACAAUUUUCCGAAAUCACGUCGCGGUCGAAUGUCGUAUCUAAUUCAAGUUAUUCAAAUUCUUCUGCUGCUGUUGCUGCCGCUGCUGAUCCUGGAAACUUGCAAGGGACCCAGACUCCGGUUUACACCAAUCCUUCUACAGGACUCCAUUCAGGAAAACAGCAGUUACUCACUGGGCAGAUUAAUCAGCCAGGAAAAUACCCUGGAACAAUACUCGCAUGGCCAGACCAUAAUACCCUGAUGCAACUCUGUGAGAAGCAGGGUAUGCAGGCGUUGAACAUUCCAAAUUAUACACAGAAUACUGCCACCAUUCUCAGCGUCCAGCCCAACAGUCUGCCGGUACGAAUAAUACCGAACAUGUAUUUUCCUACCACGUCGGAAGCCGAGUCUGCCUCCAUAAAGCACGAAGAUGGUACAGAGGUGGAGAACUCAAACAUGGAGUCGCAGAUACAGCUGCAGCAGCAGAGUUUGGCAAUGGCUGAGUACCUUCAAAAACUGCAAGCGACGACGUUGCCAUUGACCUUGCAGCAGUUGAUAAAAUUGCAGUCGGAACAAACGCAAAUUAAGAAAGAAAAAUCAGAAGUACAAAAGAGUAUGGAACAGCCGCAAAAUAUAUUAAACAUUCCUACCGUUCCUGUUUUACGCAAUGGCCAAUUACAAAGCAACGGUAAUCCGUAUAUUGGCUCUGAGAAUAUGACUAUGAUAACGAUAAAUCCUCAGGACUUGAACGUCCACAUGGAGGGACAUGAUAAUGAUAACAGUAUGCAAUCAAUAAAAGUUGAACAACAGAUACAAACCGAUUCGCCUAAGACUGAAAAAAAAAUGAAAUUUAGGGCUAAAACUGGUGAGAUUAAAGUCACCAUUGCCCUCGAUGGAUCUACGCUAUAUUGCUGUCCUGAGUGCAGCUUGGCCUUUCCUGAUAAAAGUGAUAUUGAACAACAUAUCCAAAAUCACAUACAGGAACGUAAAUAUCAGUGCAAAGAAUGCGGAGCAAUGCUGAAACGGAAGGAACAUCUGGAUCAGCACAUGAGGGGUCACUCGGAUGAAAGACCGUUCAAAUGUCCGGUCUGUAUGAAAGCCUUCAAACGGAACGAACAUCGUACUAGGCACUACGUCAUUCAUUCGGGUGAUAAAAACUUCACGUGUAACGUGUGUCACAAAGCAUUUUCGAGAAAGGAUCACUUGAAUAAACAUACGCAAACUCAUUCUGGAGUUAAACGAACUAAAUCGAAGAAGGAUUCUGGGUUCGUUGACUCAAAAGAAAUGCUUGACAAAAUAGCAAAUAUUACCCCCAAACAGGAAGGAAACUUUGUACAAAAAGACAAUUCGAAUUUUAUAAAACAAGAUAAUCAUUUUGUUCAACAUAUACAAAACCUUCAGAAGGAUCCGAACUUGAUACAAACGUUUUCCGCGUUUAAAGAACAGGCGUUAAAAGAAGGAGCUUUAAUACAGCAGCUGGCUGUGAAUAUGAACGAAAUCUUGCCACAGAAUACGAGAUAUUUAAUGCCAUCAUAGUUUUAGGUAAUAUAAAAAACUAAACUGGAGUAGUUUUUUUUAGGAUUUAUGCAAGAAAA